AUGCACCACACUGUGCUAGUAUUUCACACCUGCAAUGACCAGCACACUAAUACCGGGUUGCCUUACGUCGAGACUCAAACCCGUAUUUCUGCUUUAACUGCCGUGAACCUGACUGUCCAAAGUCUCGGACUUUCCAAACCCACCGCCGACGACGACGAUCCUGGUCUCGGACGCUUUCCAGUUUCCCGCACAAAACCCCGGAUGGAAGUCGAGACAAAAGCUAAUCUAAUUGCGGAGCGCCUACAGCGCCGCCGGGUCGCUGGCGGCGCAGGAGGGCUGGCCUUCGACGACCUCGGCGCCGCGCAGCAGGCCGCCAACAAGGCCUCGUCCGCCGCCAAGAGGGCCUACCUCAGGGCCAAAGGUACCGGCCACGGCGGCCUCGGCUACGGCACCAGCGCUGGUUCUGGCAGCGGCUUCGGCUUCGGUGACGGAGGAUACGGAGGAGGCGGUGGUAGCUACGGCCAUUGA